ACACCCCGCUCUCCUGGUACAGCAGUCGGGGCCACCUGCCGCAGAGAUGAACGCCAAACUAGCGCUGGUGACGCUGAUUCUGGUGGUGCUGAGCGUUUCGGCGCUCGGUUCCAAGUUCGGCGGCGGCCAUGGCGGCGCGUUCGGCCGGCCGAUCGGCGGCGCCUUCGGCCGGCCGAUCGGCGGCGCGUUCGGCCGCCGAGGAGGCAUCAGCCACGGCGGUUUCGGCGGCAGAAAGGGCUUCGGCGGCGGAAAGGCCUUCGGGAAGGGCCGCUUCGGCCGCUCCCUGUCGUACGGCAGCGGGGUCGGACGGGUGAGCAGCGGAGUCGGACGGGUGAGCAGUGGAGUCGGACGGGUGAGCAGCGGAGUCGGACGUGUGGGCUCCGUACACGGCGGGCUCGGACGCGUGAGCAGCGGGCUCGGACGUGUGGGCUCUGUGCACGGUGGGCUCGGACGCGUGAGCUCUGGCCGCGUGAGCUCUGGCCGCGUGCCGGUCCGCUCCUUUGCACAGGGCAGCCGUCGCUACGGAUAAGGAAUCAAGUGCUACAGAUACAGAACCCAAAUGCUACGGAUACGGAACUUAAGUACUGGAACAACAACAGUUCUUGGCCGCCUUUGACGUUGAAUGAGUGAUUUCACGCAGCAAGAAUAGCAGGAGUGGCCGCUGUUUUCUCAAAACCUUUAUCUACUUAUUUCAUUAUAUGGGAAUGCCUAAAACGCACCGCACGACAGGUAUACUGAAUAAGCGCACGGUAUAUGAAUUGAAACGCCGCCAGGCGCGGGCUGGCAAUGAAACCGGUUUGCUCAAUAAACGAUUUUGAC